AGGCGAAGUGAAAGUUUUUGGAUUUUUAAUAAAGUUAAUCAAAUACACAGUAUGGCAACUCAUGGAAAUGGUCCCAAUAAAUCUACGGAUUCGGGACCAGCACUACCAGUUCGAAGAAGAAAAAAAAACAACAAAUUAAAAGUUCGUAUUGAUCCUCCCGAGCAAACCCCGAAAGUUCCGAUCGUUCCGCACAAACCACAAUCGAGGAUGAACAUAAAUGGGCAAGACAUCGAUAUUCGCGCUGAUGAUCUGACUAUAGUUGAAGAGUUAGGACGAGGGGCGUAUGGGGUCGUCGAUAAGAUGAAACACAAAUCCACCGAAACGAUAAUCGCGGUUAAACGGAUCCGUGCCACCUUGAACACACAAGAACAGAAACGACUUCUGAUGGAUCUCGAUGUCUCGAUGAGAUCGGUUGAUUGUGAUUAUACAGUCACUUUCUACGGGGCGCUUUUCCGACAAGGAGACGUUUGGAUUUGCAUGGAAGUGAUGGACACCUCUCUCGAUCAGUUUUAUAAAAAGGUGAAGGACCGUGGUUUAAAGACGGGUGAGGACGUGUUGGGAAUAAUAGCGGUGUCCAUCGUUAAAGCACUUCGGUAUUUACAAGAAACUCUCCACGUCAUUCAUCGGGAUGUUAAACCUUCCAAUGUAUUGUUGAACAAGAAUGGCCAGGUAAAGUUGUGCGACUUUGGAAUCAGCGGACAACUCGUCGACUCGCUCGCCAAAACCAUUGACGCUGGAUGCAAACCUUAUAUGGCGCCCGAACGCAUCGACCCUGCUCAAAACCAACAAGGAUAUGACGUCAAGAGUGACGUAUGGAGUCUUGGGAUUACCAUGAUAGAAGUCGCCACCGGGGAUUUCCCCUACGACACCUGGCGGAAUCCAUUUCAACAAUUAAAACAGGUAGUAGAAGAUCCUUCCCCCAAACUUCCAGCCAACACCUUCUCGCUCGAACUCGACGACUUUUGUCGAUGUUGUUUAAACAAAGACCCGUCGAAACGCCCAAACUACAGGGAACUUGAAGAUCAUGUGUUUGUACAGAAACAUCUUCAUGAGGACGUUCGCAGUAUUUCUUCUUUCAUAACUCUUAUUCUUGAGUGACUAUGACGUCAUAUAGGACCCGAUUGUGACGUGUUUGUCGAUUAUGACGUCGUGGUUACGUCGUAAUAGUCAAUUGUUAUGUCAGCAUUAAGAUUGUGACUUUAAACAUGUUAUUGUUGCCAUGCCAACCCGUGACGUAACAUCUAUGACGUCAUAUACCUUGUGCAAUUGUUAACCACUCGUAACAUCUCGUGACGUCACUUAACUUUUGUGCCUUAAUAAAUAAUUUAAAAAGUUUUCA